AUGUACUUGGAAUUUUUAUCAACUAUUUUUGAAGUUUUAGUAACUUCCUCUUCCCAGUUUUCGUCUGAAAAUUUUCCAUCUGAUUCCUUAGAUGUUGAAUGUGUUGAGUCCAUUGCACGGUCGUUAAUAAUGUUUGUUACUGAGCCAAAACUUGGUAGUUCUACUCAGUUGAACACAUGUAUACUUACUGAACAUGUCACUUCUUUAGUUCAGAGUGUUUUAGUCAAUACUAGAUAUGAUCACUAUUACAUUUCCGUUGCUUCGGUUUUAUCUGAACUUCAAAAAUUCUGCUCGAAUGAUUCAGUUUUGUCGGAAACUAUUAGCCAAUUUUUCGAUCAAUUAAUUCAAAGUCAUAUUAUCAACAUUGAGAUAUGUUUUAUGGCGUUGCGUCGUCUAACCUUGUGGCUCACGUGGUCUGAACUAUCUACACAUCAGUCUUCUAUAGACCUCUGGCUUAUUGGGUUUCAAUGUGAGAUGUUCAAAAGGUUUCCUCCUACCGAAUCACAGUCCCUAAGUGACUGUUGGUCAGAUUUCAUGAGCUGGCAACUUAAAUUUGUUUUAGAACUUAUGGGUCGUUUGUCUCUUCCUCAUGAGUCAACCGUUUAUGCUUUGGCCUUUCUCAUUCUUAGCGGCGACAGUAAACGUGAUCGAUAUGCUGAUGAUAUAGUUUCACAUCUGGCACCUGUUUUAAACAAACUGCUUAGCAUUUAUGUCGAUGACCCAUUAAAUGAAGGUUGCAAAGAAAUUCUGCUCAAGAUUUACACGAUUUCACGCCUAAUUGACCCCCUAGAUAAUUCUAAUGGCAACCAUUUAUCCAAAGCAUGCACACAGAGGACGAAACACCUAGCUAUUUUGCUGCGUAAAUUCCAUAGUCAGUUCAACGACGAAAACAGUUCUGAGAUUUGGAGUUCACGAACAAAAGUUUAUAAAUUGGAGUCUCUAGCAAAGUUUGGUCUUCAAGCUGGGAUUCGUCUUCGAAAAAUAUGGGAGCGCUGGAAUUCGACUUCAGCAGUCCGAAUAACCAAUAUACGCCCGACAACUUUGAAAACAAAUCGUUCAGUUGCUGGUUAUAUAGGUCUGCUGAAUGUUGGCAAUACGUGUUAUGCGAAUGCAGCUCUACAAUUACUGUAUCACUGCUCCGAGUUUCGUCGUGCUUUAUUUGGAUUUCAUAAGGCUGAUUCAUCAACUGGCACAGUUCUGACAUCUUGUACCUCAUUUUCAACCAAAAUUGACUCUGUCUCAUCAAGUCAAAAUUCCACCCCAUCAAAUAAUCGAACAUUACCGGUCUCAAAUUUACAUGAAAAUGCGUACUCAUUGGAUAAUCCAAUAUCAUCAGUUAAACAUCAGGGCAUUUUACAUGCUCAUCUAUUUUCCCUUUUCAAGUCACUUGACACACAUCAGCUUCCAACCGUUCGUGAUAUACGAGCUGUACUUACACUUACCAAACCAGCACAUUUUGUAUCUGGUGAACAACAGGACGCAGCUGAGUAUUUAAACUACCUAUUGGAUCGUUUACAUGAAGAAGAGUUAUAUUGUAAAAAGCAGAUGAAUCUCUGUUUGGAUUCAUAUAGUAAAUCAUCAACUUUUAUGGCUGAUCAAAAUAUUCAAUCUGCAGCAGACACAAGUUUCAAUCCAAGUACAUCAUAUUCUUACAAUCCAAGUAAAGAAUCCUGUUCAACUGAUCCUGUACAAAAUGGCGGUGAGAGCGCCUCGAGUAACGACUCAUCAUCAUCAUCGACAGUUGCGCGUCUUUUUGGAGGUACUUUGUUAAGACACACUUCUUGUGUAGAAUGUCAACAUGUUUCUAGUUCUAGACAGGAACAAUUUAUUUGUUUAUACGUCCCAAUAACCAAACCAAGGGCAUUGUUGUAUCAAGAUCAGACAACACCUAAUGAAAACCCAAGUUUGGUUAAUAAUAAUAUGCCUGAAGUUAAAAAAGAAAGUGGAUAUUCAUCUCAAGAGUAUAACACUCACUUACUAGAUAGAACUUUUCUGCUUAGUUUUAAGCCGAAAAGUUUGAAUUUAACAAUGCAACUAAGAUUUGUCAAUCUUUUAUUAGAAAAAUUAUUCUGA